AGAGAGAGAGAACUAUCAAGAAGAGGCGUAAUAUCACGUCAGCUCGUCCAGAUCUUAACUCCUAACCUGUCCAUCAGGAAUAACGGUCCCUCACGUGAAGUGGAGUGAAUGGUACACACGCUCGCGCCCGUGACUCGGUCCGACAGUCUCCUUCGCCUUCCAAGCCUUUCCUCAGUAUUUUCCUUCCUCUCUUCCAGCCCGGUUCGGAAGGUUUCCUACACACUCCGGUACAUGUGAUGUGCGAUGUGUCAUGCAGAAAUAUACUGGAUGGAGUUGCUGAGCGCCUCUUAUCAAUGAAGCCGGAGAUCAUGGCGGAGGGGCCGCGCUGCAAGAGGCGAAAACAAGCCAACCCAAGGAGGAAGAACGUGCUGAGCUCCGAUGAAGAGGACAGGCUGCAGGGUUCGGAGGGAGAGGGGAGCCCGGUUGGCGUUCCCAGCCUGGAGCCGUCGCCCCGAGUGGCUCAUGCCCUGCUUUCGUGCAGGGAAGACGAUGAGGACGAGAGCCGUGACAUCUGGCAACACACCGACCUCAAUGGUGCAGCAGAGGAGAGAAAAGAUGAAUACAAUCCUCUGAGCCCUGACUUGUCCCUCCAUGGAGCUGGAAACGGUACAGUUAAGGGUAUUGAUGCCACUGCAGAGCUGGAGAGCUUCUUCGCCAAGAGGAAGCUGGAGGACAACGAGGGAUGUCCUGCCAGCAUCGCUGAGUACCUGCAACGAGGAGACACGGCCAUAAUUUACCCAGAAGACCCGGAGGAGAGCACGAGGCUGAGCACUCCAGAGGCCAACGGGCAGGACGACAAUGAGAACGAUCUGGCACUCAGGACGCCAGAUGACUUUGCCCAACUGUUGACCUGCCCAUACUGCGACCGGGGCUACAAGCGACUGACCGCCCUCAAGGAGCACAUCAAGUACAGGCAUGAGAAGAACGAGGAGAGCUUUCCCUGCCAGCUCUGCAGCGACACUUUCGCCUACCGCACGCAGCUGGAUCGCCAUAUGGCCACCCACAGGCCUUCUAGGGACCAGCCGCCGGUGCUGAACGAAGGGGCUGGAAACCGCAAGUUCAAAUGCACCGAGUGUGGGAAAGCCUUCAAAUACAAGCACCAUCUGAAGGAGCACCUCCGCAUACACAGUGGUGAGAAGCCAUACGAAUGCUCCAAUUGUAAGAAGCGCUUCUCUCACUCCGGCUCUUACAGUUCACACAUUAGUAGCAAGAAGUGCAUUGGCCUCAUCUCUAUAAAUGGACGGGUACGACACGGAGGUGGCCCCAAGUCUGGCUCAUCCCCAAACUCUGCCGCUUCAUCACCAGGCAGCCCUGCCUUGACUCAGCUAAGGAGCAAACUGGAAAACAGCAGGUGCACUGGUCUUCAGGACCCAUUAGCCCACCCUGAUAUAAAGGCUGAGCCCAUGGACUUCAAUGAAUGCCGUCUCAUGAUGGCUUCACCACCAGAAUAUGGAGGACCUGUGGGUUUUCUUAAUGGUACUGGCCAUGGGGGGAGCCCCCUAGGGAUGCACAAUUCGUCACAGAACCCCUUGCAGCACUUGGCUAUGAGACUGGAUUCACACGCAUUAGGCUACCCAGGCUUGAGCAAUAACCUAACUAAGGUUCAGCGGGUCCUCCAGAUUGUCGACAACACUGUGUGCCGGCAGAAGUUGGACAGCAACUCUGAGGAGACAUCCAAGUUGAGGGCCUACAUGAAGGAUCUGGGAUCCCCGAUGGAAGAGCACAAGCUGGCUGGAUUUCAUGGGGUUGGACACAACAGUCCUAACAAGAGCAUUAUUGACUACACGUUGGAGAAGGUCAAUGAGGCCAAAACUUCCCCACAGAGCCUAACUGAAGAUGCAGAUAAAAGGGCUCUUGUCAUUAAGAAAGAGCGGGCCAUUUCAGAUGAGAAGGCCCAGGAGAGGGAUGGACAGUACACAUCAUUCUCAUGCCAAUUCUGCAAGGAGUCAUUCAAUGGCCCUAUUCCCUUGCACCAGCAUGAGCGCUACCUUUGCAAGAUGAACGAAGAGAUAAAGGCAGUCCUGAAACCUAAUGAAAGCUUACCUGUCAGCCGUAGAGGAGUGUCUGGCAUAGAGCAACAGGGUGUUAUGGUAUCCUCUUCUAUGCCAGAUAGAAAUACAACUAGCCCAAUCAACCUGUUUAAAGAUCACUUGUCAGUACUGAAAGCUUACAUUGGCAUGAAUUCCGAACCUAGCUCUGAGGAUCUGAGAAAGCUCUCCAUUGCAGUUGGUCUUCCUCAAGAGUUUGUAAAGGAGUGGUUUAUUCAAUGGAAAGUUCAGUCUCUCCAUGGCAUGUCCAGGAAAAGAUCUCCACCUCCUGAAUGGGGAAAUGGGGACAGCAACCAUGGUUUGGCUAGAGAAUCAGCACAUGCAAGAUCACCUGCUUCCAUUGGCCAGUAUAGUGACUCAACAGCAGAACUCCAAGGUACUACCAAUGGUGAAACUGGGCACCGGCUAUCCAAACAUCACCAUUUACCAAGCGUAAGACACAUAAAUGAAAAACUAGUUGACUCAGUGGACCACUUGAGAGGCGAGACACCCUCACCCCUGAAUCUUUCUUCAACAUCUUCAAAACACUCUCACAGCAGCUCCUAUACCCCUACAAGUCUUACCUCUGAGGAUGCCCAUGGUGAACCUCUAGAUUUGUCGUUGCCAAAACAUCUCUCCAAAUCUGACAGGAAGCCUAAGCCAAAUGGUUUCAACAUGGAUGGUAAUGGUGACCCUGUUGUACGAGAGCAAGGAACAGAACCGCUGGACUUAGCUCACAUCAAGAAGGAGUUCAAUGGCUCAAACAAUGUGGGCAACGAAAACCAGCUAGACAAAAGUUCUAGCCCGAUCUUUGGCAUCAACCCCUUCAGUGGCGGUCCAAUUUAUACCCCGCUACCACCUCAUGGAGCAUUCCCUCCAUCUACUUUCAUGUCCCCAGCACAGGCCAGCAUCCCAGGACUAAGGCCUUACCCAGGACUUGACCCUAUGGGCUUUCUUCCACACAUGGCUUACACAUAUGCGGCAGGGGCGGCCACCUUUGCUGAGAUGCAGCAGCGACGGAAAUACCAGCGGAAACCAGGCUUCCAGGGGGAGCUGCUGGACAGCACAGGGGACUAUUUGUCAGGGCUGGAGGACCUGACAGACAGUGAGUUGCUGCUUGCCCGGAAGAAGAUUAAGAAGACCGAAAGUGGUAUGUACGCGUGUGACUUGUGCGACAAAACAUUCCAGAAGACCAGUUCCCUCCUAAGACACAAAUAUGAGCACACAGGAAAGCGGCCUCACCAGUGCCAGAUCUGCAAGAAGGCCUUCAAGCACAAACACCAUCUAAUCGAGCACUCACGCCUGCACUCGGGCGAGAAGCCCUAUCAGUGUGACAAGUGUGGCAAGCGCUUCUCGCACUCGGGCUCAUACUCGCAGCACAUGAACCACCGCUACUCCUACUGCAAGAGGGAGGCUGAGGAACGUGAGGCUGCCAAGCAAGAGAGCCACGAGAACGGUGGCCUUCUGGAGCCCACAGAGCUGCUGAUGCACCACGCUUACCUAAAGGGACUUGCGCCACUGAGAUUUUCUGAUCCGGAAGAGCAGGGCGAGGACAUGAUGCGAGGAAGCACUAUCUUGAGAGACGGCACCGAGGAUAGGGCUAGGGAGGCAGAGAAGGCGUACCCGGAAGUGACGGACAGACGAGAGGCGAUGUUCAGGGAGGAGGAGGAAAUGGAAACGGAGGAGGAUAGGUUAGAGCGCCAAAGCCUGGACGGUAUGGCAAAAGAUGAGAAAGAGAACGAUGCGUCAGGAGGAACGGAAGAUGAGAGCUCAGAGGAGAGGAAGGCGGAGAGCAAGACAGAUGGCGAAGGCGAGAAUGAUGAUGCUGAUUAACUACUGCAAUUUGGAUUAAGCUUCCAGUGUUGUUUUUUUGUUUAUAUUUUUGCUUGUAUUGUUUGCUCCUUCCCUCGCAUUGAGGGACUUUGAGCCAGAUUCACUUUUGUGACCACACUGCCAUGUCUUGGUUAUUCAGUAUUGUACUCUGAGACAUAAAGAGUGGAACUCAGGCUGGCGUUGUCCAUGGUCCAAAAAAGCAGGCAACAAACUGGGUGGGACAGUUCGAGAGUUCACAUUAUGCAAAAACAAAAGUGAUGAUGAUGAUGAUCUAUGUUAUAAUAAGAGAACCAACGGAAAGGUUUCACAAGUGUACAGAGUGGAACGUGAAGGCUGUGUGGUGCUUAUUUCCAUAACCCCUGUGUUUUUAUUGUGGUCACAGCACAAGCCUCGAAUUGCACUCUGGUGAAUUACUACAUUAAAUAAUAAUUGUAAAAAAAAAAAAAUGUUUAGAAAAGAGUAAGCAUUGCGUAUAUGUACAUAUACUGCGUUUGAAGUUGCAGUAGCGUGUCUGUGUUACGUUUUUGUCUAUCACUUACUGUGAUAUCCUUGUUUUUACCUUUUCUUUCCUGACCUGCCACAUGUUUAUUUUGGAUUACAUUAUGGCUUUUUUUUAUGAAGCGUCUUUAUCAAAAUAAUAAUAAUAUUACCUGUAUGGUUCUAAAGAAAAUUACAAAGUCUUAAAAAGAGGGACUAAAGACGGCAGAUAUAUGAUGAAGGCUCCAUUGUGCGAGGCUUUGUCGAGCACCCCUGUUUUGUUUUUUCGUUAGAGAAAAGCCUUAUAUGCAAGCCCUGUUUCACCUGUGUUUUCUGCAAGUGCCAUCCUUGUAAAGUGUACCGUGGAGUCAAUGUGUGUCCUCCAUGCACCUGCUUAAGUAUUACAUAAAAAUAAUUAAAACAGCCACCCUUUUUAUUUGAAUUACCUUCGUCAGUAUUAGUAUAGCUAGACUUCCUAGUUUACAUAUUGUUUGUGCAAUUUUCUGUACUUUCUUUUUUUUUUUUUUUUCCAAGACCAUCUGUCAGUAUUAUCAUGGUUUGUUUUGUUCAAUACAAAAUCCAAUUAUUUUUUAUUUUAAACUACCAUUUUAUUUAUGUGACUCAUUUUAUAAUUCCUAAUUAUAUUUAUUUCAUACUGUAGUGUACAGUAUUAUAGUUCCUCGUUAUAGAUAUAUUUUAGUAAAAUGGAUCCUGACAAGUGAAUAUCGGAACAAAUUUUACAUUAAGAGAGCAUUUAUUGUAUCUGGAACAAUUACUGUUGAUUGUUCUACUUACUUAAUGUACCUGAUGAAGGAGAUUCUACAAUUUGGGAACUUUUGAUACAAUAUUGUGAAAACACUGUAUUUUUGACUGAGAAGAAAAGAAAACAAAAUUCCACUUUAUUCAUCUGUUUUUCUUUUUUAGCUAAAGAGAUGAAGGUUGUCUGUGGUCAAUUCUUGAAAUGUCUGUUGAAUUAUAAUUUAAUUUUUUUGAUUUGUAUUUUCUCUUGGAAAUGACCUUGCUCGAAUAAACGUAGCCCAAUUUAAUUUUCAA